CGGAAUUGCAUUCGAAUGUCAUCAACGUUGAUAGUCGCAAUGAGUUUGUGUAGCUUAACCCUUCCAUUACUCUUUUGUUAAACAAAGACAGAUGACAAAGAUAAUGCGUGUGUAGCGAAAUCCAAGGCCGGCUUAUUUACAUAUUGCUAAAUUUCCACGAAAAAUCUCGAUGAUGAUGUCGGCCAUUUUGCCCAUUCUGCCUUUUCCCGCGCGCAUCUCGACGAACCUUCGUUUCUUUUCAGUUUGGGAAGGGUUUUCAGGCCCCACCUUGAAACGAUCUUGCCAUUCUGAACGUCACAUCGUCAAUUUCUGUGUUGGAGAUUGUCAUUUUUUCUUGCUCUUCCGAUUUGCCUUCUUUUUGGGCUAGUUUUCCACGAAGUGCAUUCCAUUUUCUUAACUGUCAGCUUUCAAUCGUUUUCCUGCUUCUUGGAAAAGUUCAUCACCUCUCUUUCUAUUACUAGAAUUGUCUUUACUUGAUUUCUAAAACAAAUUGUUUUAAAAGUAAAGUAUCGCAGUCUCUACCUCGAUAUAUUUUUGGACGUUCCGCUGGAAUAAUCGUUUGCAUCGUGCUAUCGAUAUGUAAUUGAAAAGUUCGUAUUUUUGGCGGGCUUAGGAAUGAAGGAUUGAUAUCAACAGGAUUGAACUAGACAAGUGUAAUCCGAACGCUUCAUAAUGGAGUUUGUGAAGAACUACCUGUUUGGAUGGCUCUCAACUCAAAACUGCUUUUCUGGAUGAUGGCUUCACAAACUGUUCAUGUGAAUGGUGGUUGCCAAAAGCCUUUGCUAGACAAUUUGAGAACUCGGAUUACUUAGCAUUCAAAUGAUCAACCCGUAAGUCUUUGCACUUGAAAAUAAUCCCUUGUCAGUUGUCUGCAAAGUGCCUAGGAUUGAAUUCCUGUAAUCCUGCUGUGAUUAAAAAUAAGUGGUUGUUUAAACUCUGAGUAACCAGAAGAAGCAAACAGAGAUUACUGUUCAGCUUGGAAGAUUCCUGGUGAUAGAGUACUGUGAUGUUUAGGUAUCACCCAGCAAUGGGGCAUUCUGCGACACCUAGCAAUGCUUAUUUCACUUUGGUUCCAGGGGGACAAAGCUAUCCCCUGUUCAAUUGGUACAUCUUUCAGUGCUGAGGAGAAAUUCAUUGACAACACAGCACAAGAUUGGUGCAAGACUUCCAUUUUUAAAUAAAAAAUAUUCGUCGGAUUUGUUUUGUAGUGCGCAUGGUAGAUAUAAUUUGCAAUGGCAUCCAAAUUAAUUCUAUCACAGGCAAAGGAAGAAACUGCACAAGGAAUGACUAAUUUGUGGCUCGAGGAUUACCGGCUGUUUUUUCCCCCGUGAACUCACCUGUCUAAGAAUCCAAGGCUUCGCUCCCGCGUUGAAAUUUCCUGUUUUCCAAGAAGAUGCCGAUCAAAUUACGAAGCCAAUAAAAGCUUCCAAGCAUCGUAACAUUACGACCCAGGUAAAAUGUGGCUGCAAUAUAUUUAUCCACUCUACGUUUCUAGCGAUUAAUUGGAAAUGUGCACACCAUCGGAAGAUGUUAUGUGAACUUCUUUCAAUAGUCCUCCAAAAUCUUUUGAAUAUCUAAGGUUAUGCAGACUUAGGCAAUCGAAUCUAUUUAACAUGGGGCAUUGACAAAUCAUAGGGCUUUUAUUUUUGUGGCCAACGAUAAUCAUCUUGGUUGGUGCAACACGUUUGUCUUAAACGGCUGCCAUGGCAACUUUGACGACGCAUGGAAGUUUCUGGAACUAUAACAACCUCGUUGCUUAUACCGAAGCUCAGGAGUACACUUCGCGUAUGGUUCGAUUGAUUGGGUCUCAUGAUUUGCGGUGUGCAAUAAGAACCGUAUACGUUAACUUCAAAUAUUUGAUUAGAUUCCAGUAAACAAGUCUUCCGUUAAUGAGUCUGGACAUUAGCUAGAACAGUAUCCUAGCCUUGAUAUUUCAGAUCCUUGUCUAUAGAGGCCUUAUAUAUAGACUAGCAAAGUGAAUUUAGCCCAAUGUCUUCCCUUGGGGGUUUUCGCCGAUGGAAUCGUAUGCGGCCGUCCGUCGUACGAUGUCGCUCAGGUCGCUAGAAUGCACAUUUAACAUGAGAGCCAUAGAAACAUGGUUCCUGGCUUGAAAGUUGAAACAACCCAGGGAUAGUAUACUGACAACAUUUUUCUCUGGUUAUGAAUAUGUGAGAAAACGUAACGGAUCUUUUACAUCCUCUGUUAAGUGUAGCCAAGUUACCGGGGGACGCCAUUAAAUUAUAGUUGUUACAGUGUGGCAACACCGAACACUUCCAUGUUCCAUCGUUGGUGUCAUUUCCAAACUAGCUUGCCGGUGUCAUGAUAACACUUAAAGUGUUUUUACAUCAGCUUUAAUUGAAAAUAUCUUCUUCUUUUGUCUUUGACUUAAAGCAUCGGACCUGAAAAUGCCUCGUCAACACAAAAAGGCUAAAUUGGAUUUAGGUGCCAAGCAAUCACAAUCUGCUCCAGAUAAUGAAGCUGAAACCACUCCAGAUCUUCUUCAAGAGGCCACUGAGACACAAAUCCUAACCCCACAAUAUGAGGGCCUCCCAGUGCAGGCUAUUUUUAGAAGGUUGCACGUUAGUGGAUUCAAAGGUGUGCCGAGUGAAGCUGAAAUUCGGCAGAUUUUCCGUCCUUUUGGCCAUAUUGAAACAAUCACUCUACGGUCCAAUCGGUUGGCCUACGUUCAGUUUGAACUCCUUGAUGCCGCGCAAUUGGCUAUCGAACAGUUGAAUAGCGUAGUGGAUGAAGAAGGAAAAUUAGCGGUGGAGCGGCCAGACAAUGCUCUAUAUCUAGAGCCAGCAAAUAAUCGGAUGAUCCAAGAAUCGAAGCAAUGGAAUCGUAUUUAUAUCGCCUCAGUGGAUCCUGAUAAGACAGAAGCAGAUUUACGAAGUGUUUUUAGUGCAUUUGGCACGAUUAGAUCCUGUCAGUUAAUUCGGGGAUCCAACCCAGAGAAUAUCGAGGGAUACGCUUUCAUGGAAUAUGACUCCGACGAAUCAACGUGUGCUGCCAUCGCCUCAAUGAACAAUGCAAUAUUUGGAAAAUUCAACCUGCGAGUCGGUCACGCCAUAACCCGUCCAUCUACAGCCAUAGCUUCAUCUUCCGAGAUGACAGUGCUGUUUCAUGCAGCAUUGGCAGAUGGUGCCAUGGCGGCAACUGAGGGGCGUGACCUGUCACCAAUAGAAAUUAUUUCACAAAAUGCUGUUCGUACUAAAUUCCCUGAACUUCAAUUCUGGGGCUACGAUUCCAACGUCUCUCUAGUGCUGCAUAAUGAUGGCCAUUCCGUGAAACUCUCGGUUGAUGGUAAAAAAUCCAAUUCUGUACCUUACAUAACGGGUGGAUCCCUUGAUGGCCGAUAUAAAUUUCUUCAACUUCAUUUCCACUGGGGAUGUGAUGCAGAAGGAAGUGAGCAUACCGUAGACGGCGCGAAAUUUGUGGCAGAAAUGCACAUUGUUCACCAGAAUCAGGUUUUUGACUCCCUCCAAGAAGCAAAGAACCAUCGUAAUGGAUUAGCUGUCGUAGCUGUAAUGCUAAAGGUUCAAGAAACUGAGAAUGCCACUCUGCGCCCUGUGCUUCAAGGAUGCCAUCUAUUUAAAGGUCAUUCUAAAGAUCUUCCUGUGCCUUCUCCACUCGAAUUAUUCCUUCCUGACCCUGAAACUCUUAAUUGUUUCUUUACCUAUUUUGGAUCGCUGACAACACCUCCCUACAACGAAGUUGUAACAUGGAUCAUCUUAAAAGAGCCCGUAGGUAUAUCUCUGAAGCAACUCGAGACGUUCAGAACUCUUCAAGGGGUUGAUGGUCAGGCUGUGUUACAAAACUGCUCUUCUUGCAAGAACUUAAACAACCGAGAGUAUCUUACGCCUUGAUGAGAGGCCUUUCAUGUAGACUAGCAAAGUGAAUUUAGCCCAAUGUCUUCCCUUUGUGGUUUUCGCUGAUGAAAUACGAUGUGCGGUAGCCCGCCGUAUAAUGUCGCUCAAGUCGUCAUUAGUGCACAUCUAAGAUGGGAGCCAUGGAAACAUGGUUCCUCGCUUGAAACAACCCAGGAAAAGCAGACUCGCUGUUGAAGUGUACGUCAAGCUUUUUUUUCGUUUCUCGUUUUAAGAAUACAUUAGAAAAUGUAA